GAGUUCUGUAACAUUACGAACACGAACCUUCGUAUCAACAACACCUACAUUAUUAGGGUUAUUCUUGCUACCUUUUCUCCAACCUUCCUUUUUGAACUGUAAGUCCUUCCAAGAAUCACGAACAAUAGGAUAUACACCAUUGAAACCUACAAACAUUAUAAAGCAACAUAUUAAAUAUGUACAAAUAUAAUACCACCAUGGUAUAAUAAGGUAAAGUGUAUUUCAUUCACAAAAACCAACAUGGUAUACUGUUUUACACCAAUCACAACAACAAAUUAUUUAUGGAAAACAUAACUAUACUAUUAUGACAAAAUACCAGUAAUUACCACCAUGGUAAGAUAUGGUAAAAUGAAUUUCACACCACAACAAAAUCACAUCUCAGCAUAUACCAGUAAUUACCACCAUGUUAAGAUAUGACAAAAUUAAUUCCACACCACAACAGUAUGACAUCUCAACGUAUACUAAUAAUUACAGCCAUGUUACAAUAAUUACCACCAUGGUAUGAUAUGAUAAAAUGAAUUCCACGCCACAACAGAAUCACAUCUCAGCAUAUACCAAUGAUGACAACCAUGGUACAAGUAAUUAACAUCAUGGUAUGAUAUGGUAAAAAUUAAUUACACAGCACAAUAGUAUCACAACACAACACUAUGGUAUCACCUCUCAGCGUAUACCAGUAAUUACCACCAUGGUACCAUAUGGUAUCUAACACCAUUCAAACUUAAAUUAACAAACAAAUUUGUAUAUCUUACCUCCUUAUACAUCAAAGUUAGAUGAAUGACCAAAUCCAACAUCGUUAGAUGAAGAACUAGUUCCAACAACGCUAGAUGAAGAACUAGAUCCUACAGCGCUAGAUAAAGAAACAAAUCUAUCGAAUGGAACAACCUCGCCACAAUUUUUGUAACUCAUUUCACCAGAAUCCUGCAAGAACACCAAAACACAAAGAACAUGAACAUAAACCAAAUAGUAAAAAUCAUGAACAAGCUCGAUUAGCUAAAUAGAAACACAAAGUAACUCACACAGAAGAAGAAUCUAGAAAAACUACAAAUAAACAAAAUCUCAAUGUAACUAGCAAUUAUCGCAACGAAAACCUACAACGAAACCAAAGAUCGACAGAAUGCUCAACGAAACUAAAGAUCGACAGAAGGCUCAACGAAUCACUCAGGUUAAAAGUUAACGACAGAAUAGGAAGAAUCAGAAAAACUAAUAUCUAACCAGAGAUAAACUCGUCGUCGAUUCAGGUAAUCCACCUAAGUUCUCGCCAUCGAACAAUUAUGGAGAGAAAAAUUCUCCAUAGCUCGGUCCCCAGUUUCUAAGCUGCUGCUCGCACUUUCUCUCUCAAAAAACACAAUCCCAGCUCGCGCAAAAGACUCGCAAUGAAUAAAGAGGGAAAAUAAUUAAUUCAAAUAAAUGGACAAAAAUGUCCCUGACCAUCCUGCAUCAAUCGCAACCACACGAUGAGUCCGCCCCAUAUCAACGGCUACUAAUUGGUUACUAACGGGUGAGUAACAAACGGUUACUCACCCUAUCCUAAGCCCAAACAGAGAGUGACUAAAUAUGACAUGUUUCAGUAAUUUGAGUGACAAAAAUGAUAUUAAUUUUUUAUAGUAAUUAAACAUGAAAUGAUUUAAUAAUAUCUUUUUCUGAUCCAAGAAACAGCUCUCAGAGAUCUUUUUUCCUUUUGGAAGAUAGAGGAGCGAAACAAUCAACCUAUUGAUAUUGGAACACCCAAAGGAUUCUUCCAAUGUAUCAUUUCUGGGUCCAAUGGAAUUCAUAGGUAUAGGAAGAAGCCCUGUCAAAUAGAGAUUUUUUCUUGACCAAAUGUGAUAUUUUGAAAAAGUUUGCUUUCCAUUUUUGGUCUACCGGCGGAUUUACUGCUUAAGCUCUCUCUCGUAAAGCCGUCCCUGAGAUCUACUUGUACGCCACUAUCUAUAAUAGAUUAGAGUUUAGUGAGAUCAUUGGAAGUUGAAAUCCGAGGAGAGAGGGUAGAGAGAGGGAGUGAGCGAGAGAAGAGGGGGAUGUAGUCGAGCUUGCAGAGAUUAAGGUAAAACGAAAAGGCCCAUCACCUUCUAAUUUCUCAAACGCUACUCGUUCAAGUUUGUCUACCAUUUCUCCUCCACUGUUAUGAUACAGAUUGUUUUUUCAUUUUGCUCUAGUUUUCACUGGUGGGUCAUUGGUUUUAUUCGAGAAAGUUUGGCAAUUUGACCUUUGGGAACUACCACAAAAUCACAAAUGGAAAGGCUCUUCUCUUUCUACUUUCUUUCUUGUGAUGGAUUGCUUCUGAUGAAUGAAAAAUCCCAGCUAUGGCUCUCUUGUCUGAUUCCUCGUGGUUUAUGGGUAGGGUUUAUGCCUCUGGCAGUUAUUUUCUUUUGGUCAAUUUUGUGUCGCCUCAAUCUGCUUUGUUGGUUCUUAAAGGUGAGAUCUGAGAUGGUUUUAACAUUCUGGCUGCUGUGUUUUGUUGGUAAUAGGGCUUCUUUCUUUUGGGUAGCUGUUGGAUUUUACGGCUGUUGGGUUUGGGAAUGGUUUUUUUUUUUUCAAUCUUUUCGUGAUUUAUUGAAGUUUAUGAAAGUCACCUUUCAAAAGGAGCUGAUUGUUUUGCGAGUGUUGGAGGGAUUUUCUUUUGAGUAAUUUGGUUUUUUGUAAAUCCAUGUGAACAGAACUUGUCGGUAGAAUGCCGUGAUCUUGUGUUUGUAUAUGGUGGUCUUUCAACUAGUUCUUCUUUGCUCCGGUGACUCUUGCAUUGUCCAUUUGCUGUGACUAGUUUGAAUUCAAAUCUCAAUUCUACUGUCUGCCAUCGCUGAUUCCCUAAUCAGAUCGGCUACUGGCUGUCUUUGAGGUCUGCAAUAUUAUGAUUCACUUCCUUUAAUAUUUGGUGCUUUGAUUUUCUGGAAACGCCUUCUUUGCCCGUUAUGUGUCCAUUACUUAUUUCUUUCUUCCUUUCUUCAUUUCUUCUCAGCGCAUGAGGAAUAGAUGUUAAAGGGUCUGUAAGCUUCCUCCUUGUCAGUGCCAGAAUCUCUCUCAAGUUGGAUUGAAACUUUUUGUCAUGAUCAGGAGAUGAACAGAAUAUUUCAUUCGACAUCUUGCUUGACAUGUGGCAGUAUUCAAGUUAAUCUGAUUAAAACCUUUCGGCUUGUGUCGGACGAUCACAGCUAGUGAAAAGAGUUGCUUGAUGACACCAUGCUGCAAAUUUCAUAUGAGGCAAUCUCAUCAUGGUUAUUUUUGGCCUAGUUCAGCUGCAAAAGUGCUAUUGCCUCCUGUAUAUUUGUGUAUAUCAAGUAUUUGAAGGCAGUGAAGUAGCGCUUGGGGUGCACCCGUAUAAUUUGAGUUCACCUGGUUAAGUCUAGAAGAUUGCUUUUUGAAUGAUUAGAUCGCAAGGUGGAGCUUUUACUUUGAUUUGCUAAGUGUGAUACCACAGCUGUGAGCUGCAUUAGUUGCAGAGCUCUUUGUUAUAAUGGAAACACAGUCAGGGAAUGCUAUCCACCUACCGGCUGUUCUUCGGCGGUUACUUCCUGCUGUUGGACCUGUCCUUUUGAUUUCAGUAGCAUAUGUUGACCCUGGGAAGUGGGCAGCCACUGUGGAAGGUGGUGCCCGUUUUGGAGUUGAUCUAGUCCUGCCAAUGCUCAUCUUUAAUUUAGCUGCAAUAUUGUGCCAGUAUCUAUCAGCUAAAGUGGGAAUCAUUACUGCUAGAGAUCUUGCCCAGAUUUGCAGUGAGGAGUAUGACAAAUUCACUUGCAUGUUACUAGGAGUUCAAACAGCAAUUUCAGUGGCGGUGUUGGACCUCAGCAUGAUACUUGGCAUCGCACAUGGGCUUAAUCUUCUUCUUGGGGUGGACUUGCCCACUUGUAUCAUUUUAACUGCUGUUGAUGCUGUGUUGUUUCCGUUUUUUGCCGCCUUUCUGGAGAAAUAUAAGGGAUAUUUCCCAUCCAUAUGUGUGGCAGGCUUUGUGUUGAUCUUCUAUUGUCUCGGGGUGCUCAUUAGUCAAUCGGAGGUUCCUCUCUCAAUGAAUGCGAUGCCGAUGAAGUUAAGGGAGGAAAGUGCAUUUGCUCUGAUGAGUCUUCUUGGAGCAAGCAUUAUGCCUCACAACUUCUAUAUGCAUUCUUCUAUUAUUCUGCAUCAUCAGAGAUUGCCAAAUGUUUCCAAAAGUGCCUCAUGCUAUGAUAAUUUUUGUGCAAUCUUAUGCAUCUUCAGUGGCAUUUAUCUGGUGAACUAUGUGCUUAUGAACUCAGCUGCGAACGUGUUCCACGAAACAGGCCUUGUUUUGGUUACUUUUCCGGAUGCAAUGUCACUCAUGGAACAGGUAUUUCGUAGUCCAGUGGCACCUCUGUUCUUUGUGUUGAUUUUGUACCUUUCAAAUCAAAUCUCUGCAUUAACUUGGAACAUCGGUGGGCAAGUAGUUCUGAACGAUUUCCUCAGCCUCGAUAUACCUAACUGGUUGCAGCGAGCUACUACCAGAAUUGUUGCCAUUGUCCCAGCCCUUUACUGUGUGUGGACUUCUGGAGUUGAGGGGGCAUACCAAUUGCUCAUAUUUUCUCAGGUUAUAGUAGCCUUGCUGCUACCAGCUUCCGUUAUUCCACUAUUCCGAAUUGCAUCAUCAACUGCAAUAAUGGGGGCACACAAGAUCUCUCAAUUUCUCGAGCUCUUGUCAGUUGUUGCAUUCAUGGGAAUGCUAGGAUUGAAGAUAAUUUUUGUGGUGGAAAUAAUUUUCGGGGAUAGUGACUGGAUUGGCAACUUGAGAUGGAACAUGGGUAGCAGUUCUUCUCUCCCCUAUGUUGUUCUUCUCGCAACUGCUUUUUCAUCAUUCUGUUUGAUGCUUUGGCUAGCAGCAACACCUUUGAAAUCUGCAACAACCCAGUUAGAGGCGGCUCAAGCAUUGAACUGGAAUGCAAAGCAGACUGUGCAGGAACCAUCCAUCCGUAUGAGAGAUGAAAAGUAUCUGGAUGGUAUUAGGUAUGGAGAAGGCCGAUUUCAUAAGCAGGAAGCCGCUGCACCAACCCCAGUGAAGUCGUUAGUGGGCUACUCAGAUAGAACUGUCUUACAUCCUGAUUCCCAUUUUCCUGAAACUAUUCUGGAGUCUCAUGAGGACUUUCAUUUGACACCUAUUGAAGAGAAUCAGCCGGAUAUGAAGUUUCCUAGUCCUCUCAAACUGAAUCAGGGAUCAGUACCUUCAACAGAACCAACAUCAGUAUCCAAGGCAGCGGGGAAUGUAGUUGUUUCUGCUGAUCUUGAUUAUUUACCGGACUCGAAGAUGAUAGUUUUUGAAUCACUUGAACCUGUUGAGAAGACUGUGAGUGUUGAAGAUGAUUUCCUGGUAGAAAAAGAGGAUGAUGAGGGGGGUGCCUGGGGGGAGCCUGAAGAGUCAUCAUCCAUAGGUGUUUCUGGGAGUUUCUCAUCUUUGACCUCUGAUGGUCCAGCAUCUUUCAGAAGUCUCAGUGGAAAAUCCGAUGACGGUGGGAAUGGUGCUGGAAGUCUUUCGAGGCUGGCAGGGUUAGGAAGGGCUGCUAGGCGUCAAUUAGCUACAGUUCUUGAUGAAUUCUGGGGGCAGUUGUAUGAUUUCCAUGGUCAAGCAACUAACGAUGCCAAGAAUAGAAGGAUCCAUCUGCUACUUGCUGCUGAUUCUUCAAAGCUUUCAUCAUUUUCCUUCUUGAAAGUUGACCCUCCCCUUGGAAAAGAAUACAGUACUGGGUAUAAUUCAUCAGCAAUGGCCAGUGGUAGAGCAUCAUCAGAUUCUUUCAUGAAUUCAAGUUUCUGUGAUUCUCACAGGCAGCAGCAGCUGAUGAUGCAACAGAGCACUCUUGAAUCUUCUUCAUACCGUGGUGGGGCUUCAAGAAUAUCUUCAUCAUUAUGGCCCAACCGCACGCAGCUGCUGGAUUCAUAUGUACCAACAACACCCACCUCGAGUGUUGUGGAUCCUUCUGAAAGACGAUAUUCUAGCAUGCGGUCCCUACCACCAUCUUCUGAUGGUUGGGACAACCAGCCAGCUACAAUACAUGGUUAUCAGAUUGCUUCGAUUGCAAACCGUAUUGCCAAGGAGAGGAGUGCUAAUGGUUUGAAUGGUCGGACGGAAGCACUGUCCCAAAUUUCCUCUAUGAGCGGCAUCCGGAACUACAGGGACCCACAUGCAGCUGUUGCCUUAGGUCAGAGAUUACAGAAUGGAUUAAGCUCUCCACAACAGGCAACAAGAGGAUAUCAGAACCUUGCCCCAUCCAGAAACAACUCGUUACAGUCUGAAAGACAAUACUAUGAUGUUGUUGGUUCUCCCGUUUCUGUUGUUGAUAAAGCAGGACCAACGGCCACCAGUACAAAGAAGUAUCACAGUUUGCCUGACAUUUCAGGAAUUGUUGCUCCUUACAGGGAGCUAUAUCUAGCUGCGAAAGGUAAUACCCAGCAGGACAAGACUUCUGUCGGUGAUUUUGGCUCCUCCUUAGGUGGGAGAACAAGUUACAACCCCUCUUUUUAUGGAGAUGCUUUCUCCUUUCCUUCUACUUCCCCAGCUACAGGAGGAUCUCUUUGGUCAAAACAGCCAUUUGAGCAGUUUGGUGUUGGGGAUAAAAGCCGUGCAGUAGCUGGGAGUAGUGCAUUAGGAGGAGGAACCAGCAGGCCGAACUCAAAUACCCAUCUGGAAGCUAGUAGUUCCAUAGUGGAUGCAGAAGCUCAACUUCUUCGGUCCUUCAGAUGCUGCAUUGUAAAGCUGCUGCAAUUGGAAGGCUCUGAUUGGUUGUUUAGGCAAAAUGAUGGCGCCGACGAGGACUUGAUUGACCGUGUGGCAGCACGGGAGAGGUGUAUAUAUGAAGCUGAAGCGAGAGAGAUGGAGCAGCAUGGGGGGGUCCACCACUUGGGCAUUGAGUCUCAAUGCAGUAGUGAUAAGAAUCAGCAAGGUGGUCGUUCUGGGCAGAAGAAUGAAGAUACCAAUAGCAUUGCCAAUAUCUUGGUUUCCUCGGUUCCUCACUGUGGAGAAGGCUGCGUUUGGAAGGUUGACCUGAUCGUGAGCUUUGGAGUUUGGUGCAUUCACCGGGUUCUUGAUCUAUCACUCAUGGAAAGCCGGCCUGAGCUUUGGGGGAAAUACACCUAUGUGCUCAAUCGCCUUCAGGGGGUUGUGGAGCCUGCAUUUAUGAGGCAACGAACUCAGAUGCAGCCAUGCUUCUGCCUGCAACUCUCAGCAGCACACCAGCAGAGAAUUUCGUCGGCUCAACCAGCAGCGUCAAAUGGGAUGCUGCCUCCUCCGGCAAAACAAGGUAGAGGUGGGAAAUGCACAACGGCAGCGAUGGUGCUGGACUUGAUCAAAGACGUGGAGAUUGCCAUUUCAUGCAGGAAAGGUCGAUCAGGGACAGCUGCUGGGGAUGUAGCUUUCCCAAAGGGUAAAGAGAACCUGGCUUCCGUGCUGAAACGCUACAAGAGGCGGCUGUCCAGCAAGCCCGCUGGGAAGUGAAAGAGCAAGUUGGAUUGGUGUUGCAAUAUGUUAAAAUUUGGUGCUGGGGUUAGUUAACUGAAGAGAUGCUGAUUAAGAGAAGAAUGUGAAUGGAGGGAGCAUUUUCUUUUGCUCUGAUCUCACUUGUAACGAAGGGGGGAAAAGAUGAUGUAAAAAGAGGAUGGAAAGAACCGACGGGUGCUGCCUUUUGUUGCUUGUCUUGCCCUCUGUAUGUUGCAUGCAUAUACAUAGGAUCUUUACCAAUAGAAGAGCGCUCAACUCCACUUUUACUUAUACUUGGGUAGGGGUAAUGAAUGUAUAAUUUGCAGGCAGCGGCGGGAAAACGAGGAGGUUAUGGAAAGAUGUGGGUUAACUCAGUUCCAACUACAAUAUUCUGAUCGGGUGUAGCAUAGGGCAAGCAAGUAGUAAUAAAUCAUCGUACAAUGGGGAUUUAGGCUUACUCUACUUUGUUUUUAGGUUCGUUAUUUAUCCAACCUAGGAUAGUGAUUAAUAAAACUAAACCAAUCAACCUAAACUAACCAUUGAUCUAGCUAUUUACAAGGUUUGGAGCUCUUUUGGAUCGAUGUUGGGUAUCCUUGUCGCUCGAUCAACUCAAUACUCUUACCGUUAGGAGAUGGACUCCCUCGGGAAUGACCCGGAAUGGCGAAUUGAUAAAUGAGGUGUGCUCUAUUCAACUUAGGGCAACCCUAUAUCGUAGGAGAUUGAUGGAAUCGACUCCCUUCAGGAUCACCUUGACGAUAUACGAUGAGGAGUGACCCAAAGACGCCAAUAAUGGGCUCUAAGGGGAUUUUUCUCCCUCCUAGGUCAAAAGCUCAUACAUGAAAAUGGAAACCAAACUCAUGCAAUUCAUGAAAACAUCCAUCAAUUGAAUAAAAUCAUCAAUCAAACAUGGAAUUUGUCACAUACAUCAACAAUGAAACAAAAUCUAGACCUAGUGUUCUUAAAACCAAGAGAAGAGGGUGAGUUUCUAGAGAGAGAAGAAAGAGAUUACAGACAAAGCACAAGAUCUUCUUCUUCUUCUUCUUGGCUUGAUUCUUUGCUUCCAAGCUUGAUCAAUGCCUUCAAUUAAAUUCCAAGAUCACUCAAGAACUCACUCCCUCUCUCUAGAACUCCCCUUUGGUGUUUUGGGUCGAAACCCUAGAGAAAGAAACUAAUUCCUCUCAAAAGACUAGGUCCCCUUUCUCUCUCCCCGCAACUGUCUUUUAUACAACCCGAAAGUGCCAACAUCACGGUUACUGUUCACGGCCGUGAACUCGAAGGCUUGACCUUGAUCUCAGACAAAAAACGCAGCAUUUUGGGCCACUUUCCGGUCUUAGGGGUGGGAAACGGGACGAGAUUGGGUCCCGUCCCGUUUGAAACGAGUACCCAGUCCCAUUUGGAGAGAAAAUUUCAUCCCAUGUCCCAAAAACCGUACGGGUUAACGGUUACCCAUUACCCGUACGAGACGGAUAACGGGUACUGUCACGGCCUUACUCUUGGUCGUGCGGCCUUAGCUCUCAAUUCCGUUAGAGAACUAAGUAGCCUUCUCUCAAACUCACAAGCAAGCAAAGAAGCAAGAACAAGACAAAGAAGAUGAGAGAACUCUCUAGUGUGUAUUACUCUAGAAAAUGAUGGAAUGAGUUACAAGUGAGGGAGAUAGCUCUUUAUAUAGGCCUCUCCUCAUAGAAGGCAUCAAUGCCCCUCAUAAUGUCCCCCUACAUCAAUACACCAAUUAAGUCCCC